AUAAAAAUAAUAAGCAGAUGGAAAAGUCAGAGGACUUACCCAUAUAAUAAGAAAAAUGACAAGGACUUGGCUAAAGUCUAAAAUUGCAAGGACAGGGUAAUUUUGUUAGCAAAGAAAACCUUAGGCCAAAAACCUAAAAUCCAAAGAUUUCUACUUUCCCCUUCCGAUCUUUAGGCUCCAAGAACAUACGGAUUACGUAUUACCGUUAAGCUAUAUAAAGACAAUUCUACCCUUGUCGAAAUCCCCCAAACAACCACCACCAAUUCGUAAAUUUAAGGUUAUCCAACAGCCAAAUUCGUCAAUUAAAAAAUUAAAAUCUUAAACCUCAUCCUAAAAAUCCCAAGUAAAAGGAGGAAAGAUUUAGCGGUUUUCACUUUUUAUUGUCACUUUCCCUCUCUGUUGACUAUUUUUAGGGUUUCAGUUGCGUUGGCUGAGCCUCCCUACCCCGCCCAGAACUUUCUCGACUUUUUUUUUUUGGAUUCUUUUAAACUUUUUGCACGGUUUCUUGCCAGAGUUUCAGAGGAUUCUGCAUCCCAAGAUUUGGAGUCUUUUGUUUCUUCAAGGUUUCAUCAUAAAGGCAACCAGAAAGAAGAACCGGUUUCUGGCUGUUGUUUCUAAACCGAUCGGUUCUUUUCUAGUUUUUCCAGAACUUUGGGGAUUAGGGUUUUCGAUUUGAUAUUUUUGUACUUUGAUGGCUCUGUAAAGGUUUCUAAAUUCCUGCUAUUUUUCGAAGGGAAAGCGGGAAUUAUCUAUGUUUUAGAUGUGUUAAAGUUAUGAGAUUUUCUUCUGCAUAUAGUAGUGUCUUUUGUGUUCUAUGUAAUAGACAGUUUGAAGCAAAAUUGCUUUGCUUAAGAGGAUAAGAUGCCAUCUACCUUUUUUUGGAGACUGAGGAGUGCUGUUCAGAAUGGAAUCCAAAGAACAGAAGGCGGGCUUCAGGAUUCGAUAGAAGUUCUGAUUGGAGCAGGGAAGGUAGGGUUUGGCAGUUGUAGGUUUUUUCAUUCUUUAAGAUUUUCUGGGCUUGCAGAUUUGCAAGGAAUUUUGCAAACAGGGACUUUUUUGGCCGCAAGAUCUGAUUCUCUCUUAGCUAACCGAAGAAGGAACAUUUCUGUUGUGGGAGCAUUUUCUCGAACUAUUUCUGUUCCAUCUGUUUCAGGCCCUGCUUUCCAGGUUUGUGGGUAUCAUAUUGAUUGUGCACUUGCUGACUCCAGUCAAAUAUCAUCAUUACUGAGCAAAUUUCAGAGUAAACCUAUGGCUGCUUCUAGUUCUGGAGUCAUAAUUGGUGGAUAUCUUGUUGAUACAUUAAAGUUAAAGCAUGAGCAUCUUUCAUCAUCAACAAGUAGUGCUGACAUCUUUUACGGCAAUAGAAGUUUGAAUAGUUGCACAAAAGCUAGAAUGAGUUUGAAAAACCGUGAGAAACCAAACAAUUCUCCAAUCUAUGGAUAUUUCAUUUAUAAUGUCGGAAAAAGAUGGUGCAACUUUAAUCCUUCGUUGGGUUCAGGUUCAAGGGCUUUCCAUAGCUCAUUGCCUUCUUUUUUAUCAGCUGGGACUGCCCCUGAUGUUUCUUUUGAUAAUUCUGGGCGUGAAGAACAGGUUGCCAAUUCUUCGGUGUCAUCAGAAGAGAAGAUUUCUGCUGGCAAAACUCUGAAGCUUCUUUCAGGAUCAUGCUGUCUUCCACAUCCUGCCAAAGAAGAUACUGGCGGAGAGGAUGCUCAUUUCAUAUGUGUGGAUGAACAAGCAAUAGGUGUAGCAGAUGGAGUUGGUGGCUGGGCAGAUCUGGGUGUUGAUGCAGGGCAAUAUUCUAGGGAACUCAUGUCUAACUCUGUAUCUGCUAUCCAGGAGGAGCCCAAGGGUUCAAUUGACCCUGCGAGAGUCUUAGAGAAAGCUCACUCUAGCACAAAAGCUAAAGGUUCCUCAACAGCAUGCAUCAUAGCCCUCACAGACCAGGGUCUUCACGCUAUAAAUUUGGGAGACAGUGGUUUUAUGGUGGUUCGAGAUGGAUGUACUAUAUUUAGAUCCCCUGUUCAGCAGCAUGAUUUUAAUUUUACAUAUCAACUUGAGAGUGGAAGUAAUGGUGAUUUACCUAGCUCUGGUCAGGUCUUUGCAGUUCCUGUUGCUCCGGGAGAUGUUAUCAUUGCUGGCACAGAUGGAUUGUUUGAUAACUUGUACAAUAACGAAAUUACUGCAGUGGUGGUUCAUGCAGUAAGAGCUGGUUUGGGGCCUCAAGUGACUGCUCAGAAGAUAGCUGCAUUGGCACGGCAACGUGCACAGGAUAGAGACCGACAAACCCCUUUCUCUACCGCAGCUCAAGAUGCUGGAUUCCGUUAUUAUGGUGGAAAGCUUGAUGACAUCACUGUUGUUGUGUCAUAUAUUACUAGCUCCGAGGAAAUUGGUUCUUCGUCAUGUGAAUCCUCAGAGCGGAUUAAGAUGCUGAAGUCUGAAAUUGUAUCACUAUCGGAGAAGAAUUCUGAAUUAAAGAAGGAAGUCAAGGAUUUGACAGAAAAGCUGCAACUGGCUGAACAAGGAAAAGAUCAUGCACAGAAGCAGUUUUUGAUGUUGGGUGAACAGCACAAAGCUGGACCUGUUGGUACCGUCAAGGCUUUGCGAACUAACCCAACUGUUGUUCCCGAUGACUCUGUGAACCCGCGAUUGGCUAAGAUCUUGGAGGAAGUUGCUGUUCGGAAAGAGCUUAUAGUUGCACUUGCCAAUUCAAAUGUGAAAGAGAUGUUGGAGGUUUGGUUUUCUAGCAUCAAGAGAGUUGGUAUAACUAAUUACCUAGUUAUAGCUUUAGAUGACCAGAUUGUGGAGCUCUGCAAAUCAAAUAAUGUUCCGGUAUACAAGAGGGAUCCGGAUGAGGGUAUUGAUGCUGUUGGGAGAACAGGAGGCAAUCAUGCUGUGUCUGGAUUGAAGUUCCGUAUUUUAAGGGAGUUUUUGCAACUGGGUUAUGGUGUUCUUCUAUCUGAUGUUGAUAUAGUAUACUUACAAAACCCAUUCAACCAUCUUUAUCGGGACUCUGACGUAGAGUCCAUGACUGAUGGUCACAAUAAUAUGACUGCUUACGGAUAUAAUGAUGUCUUUGAUGAGCCUGCCAUGGGUUGGGCACGUUAUGCUCAUACAAUGAGAAUAUGGGUUUACAACUCUGGUUUCUUCUAUAUAAGGCCUACAAUUCCUUCAAUUGAGCUUUUAGACCGUGUGGCUGAUCGCAUGGCUCGGCAACAAAACUCAUGGGACCAAGCUGUUUUUAAUGAGGAACUCUUUUUUCCAUCACAUCCUGGGUAUGAUGGGCUUCAUGCAGUCAAGAGAACUAUGGAUUUCUACAUGUUUAUGAACAGUAAGGUCCUCUUUAAAACAGUUAGGAGAGACGCUAAACUGAAGAAGUUAAAGCCUGUAAUUGUUCACGUAAAUUACCACCCAGAUAAACUUCGAAGAAUGAAAGCCGUUGUGGAAUUCUAUGUUAAGGGCAAGCAAGACGCAUUGGACCCUUUCCCAGAUGGUUCUGAAUAGUACGAGUAGCAUUGCUGAGGAUCUCAUGUUAACCUAUGGAUGGGCUCAUCCGAUCACUUGUUGCAAAGUCACUUGGUGCGGGUAGGUUAAUCUGAUAUUUUCUUCUGAGGAAAGUGUCGAAUAUCUUUCUUUAUUAUCCUCCUUUUAAUUUUUGCUUUGUAUUUCUGCUGUAACUUUUCAUCAAAUUUUACAAGCACUUCAAUUAAUACGCAUGUUCUGUAAUACGCAUACUGAAAAAUAUUAUUAAGGUUUUUGUUGUUUUUCAUGAUAAAGAUUUGUUUCACUGUCUGCAUCAUAC